GCAGAGUUGUUUUUCCGGGUGCAGAAUUUUAAAUCUCGUAAGAAAUCCGAGUUGACAUUAUGCUGGCAACACAGAUCGAGAAUGGAGAAAGAUUUCUUUUGUGCGACAGACCGAAAAGAUCGCGAUCGGACAGUACGAAACAUUACGAUUUUAACGGGAGCGGUCCGAGGUGUCUCGAACUUCAAGAUGUGAUUCGAGUAACAAAACAGUACGAAGAUUCAGACGGCGGAAUGAACUGCAGUUUAUGUGGCAAGCUUUACAAGAGCAGAGUGUGUUUCAUCAAACAUAUCUGGGAACACACCGUGUACUGGGACCUGUUCGAUGGAUCCAAAAACCAAGACCGAGUUUUGUCUAUCCAGGCAGCCUUGAUUCUACACAGUGGCCAUGUUGGCGUUGCCAUUGGCAACAACAAGACUUUAUCCAAUCUGCUUGUAACGACACCUGCUAGUCCCGAAAAGAAGAUUCUGUCACCAGAACGAAAAGCUCACUCCGCUCACAGACAGAGACAUUCGAUGUUGUUUAAACCAGAAAGGCGGACCCUGAAAACAUCGUCACUAAAACGCAAACGAUCGGACUGAUAAUUUUUUUUUUUAAUUACUGUUAUGUAUUAAAAAUUUGACUUUGAAAUGUUCACUAAGCUCUCAAGCAGAGAGUUAUAUUUAAACCAGAAAGUUGUACCCCUAGAACAUCACCAAGUGCUGUAACACAAACAGAUACAAGCAGUGAAUUGUUUGUUAUGCAUUAACAUGUCAUUUACUCUUUUUUUGAUCAUUUUCUAAUUGUCAACAUUUUCACUUUUUUUUUAAUGGCGUACUCUUUCAUUUCUACCUCUUCUAAAUUUAUGUAUACAUAAAAAACCUCUUUUUUUUGUUGCUUUUUCCAAGGAAUAAUUUUAGAUUUGUUUUUCUCUAAAUGUAUGCUGGUAUGGUUUGUACUGUUUGUCAAUAUGCUGAUCGAUGUGAAUUGUCUUCCAUCAGUGAGCCCUUUGGGCUAUUUCUCAUUCCAUCCAGUGCUCCACAAAGGCCGUGGUAUGUACUGUCCUGUGUGGGAUGGUGCGUAUAAAGAUCCCUUGCUGCUAAUAAGAAAAAGAGUAGCAUAUUACUUGAUGGCAGCGGGUUUCCUCUUAUUAACUGUGUGGUCCUUAACCAUAUAAUCUGAUGCCUUUAUUGUACCAGUUAUAGGACACUUGUUGCGCCAAGAAAACCCCCAGAUAAUGGGUCCACCAGGAAGGUUCGAUCCUUCGACCCAAACACCUCAUGCGAGUGCCCUAACCACUGAGCUAGAUCAAUGUAUGAUAUAUUAUAGCCUAGAGCUAUAUCAAUGUAUGAUAUAUCAUUGAUAUUUUAAAAAUAAGUUGACAUGCAGAUGGAAAUAUGAUUUUUGAAACCAGUGCUUCUAGAUUAUGGUAGCCCCACUCCCAUGGCUAGUGAUAGUCACUGUUGGGCUAGUAAAUAUCUACUAUUGC